GUCGCCAAUUUAACGAAUUUCUGAGGGAGAGCUCUCAGUUUUUGACAGAUUUCCCAGUUGUCAAAAGCCAAGGGGGGAAAAUAACCCCCUUCGUGUCUUCAUAAGUUUUUAUACUACCAUCCUAAUCACUCUUUUAAUUGAUUGAUUCUACUAUUUUGUAGAAAUCAUAUCUUUUUGAACCCCGGAAGGGCAAAAUGGCGUUCUAAAAAUGAAGUCUUCAAUAAAAGUUGUGCAGCCUGUUGUGGCCGUUUGGUCCAAAAAUCUGUCCACCGUAGAUGCAAAGGGAAGAGGAGACCAUGGAGAGGUCUCAAGGGAAUCGACCGUCAGCAGUUCAACAAAAAUGCGGCGUUACUGAUAUCAGAAAAUCUGAUUAUGGCCAUCAACGAUUCCCAAGAGCGGGCAAAAAGAGAGAGCAGCAAGCCUCAAAAUCUGACCAGUACAAUAAUGGCAAGAAACCUGUACCCCAACGUGAUCGGGCUAUUGAUAAACGCCCUAAACCUAGAGGAUAUGAUAAUUAUAGAGAGCGGGAUGAGGUAGCAGAGGGCAACAGAGCUGAGAUAGGCUCAGCUCUGCAGCAGGGAUCCAAAAAGGCGAAUUUGAAUCACUUGUUGAACUUCACAUUCGCGCCAAGGGAGAAGGAAGGCGGAGGCUGGAAAGGCAGAAACAAAUGGACAAGAAGUAGUAGAGUAACUUAUAACAAAGAACAAUUCCUUCAGGCUAACUGCCAGUUCAUUGUGAGGGACACUGGUGACUACAUGUCACAUGCUACCUGCCCUGAUCGACUGGUGGACUGGGAUCUAUUGGAACAAGUGCGCAUCUUUGGCCAUGGCGUUCCAUCCUGUCCAAUCUGCCUGUUUCCUCCUACCGCUGCUAAGAUCACCCGAUGUGGACACAUCUAUUGCUGGGUGUGUAUCCUGCACUAUUUGUCCCUCGGCGAUAAACCCUGGAGGAAGUGUCCAAUUUGCUACGAGUCGAUCGUCAAGAAGGACCUGAAAAGUGUCGUGAGUUUGGACACGCAUCAGUUUUCCAUCGGGGAAGAGAUCACUAUGAAACUGAUGAAAAAGGAGAAAGGAUCAGUCCUGGUGCUGCCAAAGAAUCAGUGGACAGCAGGGAACCUGAAGCCUUUUCCUGUCGAUGCUGAUGUUGACACUUAUUUCUCCAAACUUCUGGUCGCCUCCGUUGAUCAAGUACAGGCGGACAUCAUUAAGACGGAGAAGCAAGCUCUCUUGCAACAGAAGGAGGAAUGUUGGGAUAGUCUUGAAGGUUCUUUUGUAGAACUUGCACUUGCUGAUUUAGCUGAACGGGAGGAAUCACUUGUUGCUACUGCUCGUGCUAAAGAAGAACUCGCUGACGUGAUGAGUGCUGUUGACCUGGCUGAGACGGAAGAUGUACUGCUGCAAGCUGAACUUCCAGCAGGAAUAACCCCUCUGAAGGCUGGAAUAAUCUACACAUCUGCUUUCUCCGAUGAAGAAGAAGACCCACCUGAUGGGGAUAAUCCACCCAGUCCGAAAGCUGCUGAACGAGCCAGGAAGGACAGCACCAUGUCGACAGAGUCGGUGGAUUCUGCAACGGGAUUGGUACCUCUACCUUCCAUUGGAGCCAGCGGUGACUGCUCCUCCCCAACUCCUGAGGAGGAGGCCUCUGCACUGUUGGAAUUGCCAUCAGAUCGUGAGGAGAAAACGGCCAAGGCACAAGAUUCAGCACAAGCUUUCUACUUCUACCAAGCUGCGGAUGGACAACAUGUGUACAUGCAUUCCAUCAAUGCACGGUGCCUUUUGAAGCAGUAUGGUAGUUUGGAACACUGUCCUGAUACGAUCACAGCAAGGAUCGAGGCAUUAGAAGGCAUUUCUAUGACACAGGAGCUACGUCAGAGAUUACGCUACCUCAACCACCUGCCUUUAACAUGUGAGUUUAGGGUGGCUGAAUUGAGAUUGAAGCCCCCUCUCGUCUCGCGCGACACCCUGGCGCAUUUCCAAGCAGAAUUUGAUAAGCGCCGCCACGAGAGACAAAGAAAAGCUCGCGAUGAGAGGCGCAUGAGUAAGAUGAUUGAGAAACAAGAAAAGAAGCAAUUGGAACCCUAUAUGAACACAAAAAUAGUUUACAGUGAGCAAGCUGAAUCUGUCAUCAUCCCAUCGGCUGCACCACUGAGCCCAGACUUGAUUGUUGAUAGUCCACCAAGUGUAGAGAUUCUGUCGGAUUCGCCAACCAGUCAGGGUAGUGUUGAUGAUCCAUCAGCUCCUGUCUCAUUUGCUCAGAUGUUGCGUGCCGGGAAGGCCAAACCAGAUGCCUGGCCAAAACUGCCACCAAAGAAUGGUGCACCAGUUGAACCAGUUCCUAAACCCGUGGCCAGAUUACGCCAUGGGUCAGAAAGUCAGAGUGAGGGUGAAGAUCAUGUUCCGAUUCCAACAUACCAGUCGUCAUUUGGUGACGCCAUCAGAGCAGCGUUGGAUACGAUCGAGGGUGACAGAUCAAACAGGGAUGACAACGAAGUGACGAUGGAGACUUCGAGCCCUACGGCCCAACAGUCUGGCAAGAAGAAGAAGAUGAAGAAGAAGCUGCUCUUUUCUACCACCAUGAAUCGUACCAAGUAGUCGUCUGCAUGUGCUUCAUCACGGUGCUCAAUCGAUUGACCGUAUCAAAAUGGGGUAUAGAAUUCCAGUAAAAAUAGAGCCAUGUCAUGAUGAUCCGCGUCUGGUGAAAUUUAGGGGUGUGAGGAAUGCGUCACACUACUCUAGAAUUGGUUUGAGAAAUGAAUCUAUUGUGGCCCGUAACCUGGAUAUUCAUUCGAUUAUUGAGCACCACGUUGAUCAUAGAUUUGCAGAACUUGUAAUGUUGUGUCGCCAGAAACUUGUAUGUCAAUCAAAUGAACAUGUUAUUUAUUGCCAUUCUACAUGUAGCAUGUUUUCGAGGUGGUCUCACAAAGCGUCCACAUUUUGGUCAUUUGGGACUGGAUACCGGUUUAUUUAUGUUUAUUUUUUAUAAUAUAGAAGCUUCCGUAGUGGCUCAAUAGCAGUUAUUUUCAUCGGUAAUUACCUUGCGUGGUGAACAACCUGAGCAACCUUGGAGUUUAUUCAGAUACUUCUUUUUCAUUCAAAAGAGGUUUUAUUUUCUUGGAACAGAUGGGGUUAAAUUGCACAUUUGUUUUGAAUUGCAAGUGAUGGAUGUACCAUAGUUUCUAUGUUUGCUUGUGGAUUUAGCUUCGUGGAUUUUACAAAUGUAAAAACUAUGGCAUCGCCCGAACUACUUUGUGUUUGAUUUUCCUGCAAUGAAUGGUUGCAUGCAAUCAAAUAUGGAAAGUGCAGUUAUUUCAAGUUUGCUUGUAUCCACAAUUUGAAUGUUGCAAGUUUUUUUAGCGUAUGGAAAAUGCAAUCCUAUGUUUGCAAAUUGUAAGGCAAAUUAGUUUCAUGAAAUUUGCGAACAUAGGAUUGCAUUUUCCAUACGUUUAACUUGCAACAUUCAAAUUGUCUAUUUAAAAUUACGCAUUUAGGAAUCCGCUUGAUUGAAUUUGCCAAACCUUGUCUAGUGAGCUUAUGUGAAAACUAGUGACUUUAUUGCUGUCCGAAGUGACAAUCUGGUAACCUGAAAAGAAUCUGUAACAUUGGUGUUUCAUCAUUAAACGUCAUGCUCAGUUGCACAAUCCAGUAUGUAUAGUGUGCCAAUGUAAUUUACAUGUAGCUUGUUGAGAGGCAUCUGUACCAAGGGCCUAUCUCGUCUGUAGUUGGCCUCUCUGUAAGAGACACAACUCAACAGAUGUCAAACAUGGAGAGGUUGAGACAAUUACUAUACGACAGUAUGGGACCUCAAUUUUGCCUGUGUCCCGAAAAUAUCUGUGUCUUAAUACAUAAGUUGUGUGCAACCAGAUUUUUUGCCAGUGCAACCAAAAUAAUGGUCCCUGCUCAUUGGUUUAAUUGCGUUGACACAUGUUAUGUUUUUCUGAGGUUGGGGCUUUCCGUAUGGACCUGAUAAUGUGCUUUUGAAGUUAUUGUUAUGUCGUGACAUAUUAUGCAAAAUUGCAUGUCUUAGUUAUGCUCCUCAAUUAGUUUCAUAUCUGACCUACCUUGGGGGAAAGGCAGAUCCCAAAUAGAAGACUUCUGAUCAUUCAGGGUGAAUGAAUGAAUGAAUGAAUGAAUAUAAGAAUUUCUAAAGCGCCUGAAUUAAAAGAAAAACUUAAAUUCUCAGGCGCUUUACAAAGCAAAACACUCCCUGAAAAGGUGUUGUUUCAGGAGAGUUUUGAAAAUGUCUAUGGAACCAGCAAGCCUGAUGUUGGAAGGUAGCUGGUUCUAUAGAACCGGUGAUGACUUGUAAAAAGAACUUUACAGUUGAAAUUCUCACGCUUAGGAAGUUUGCACUUGAUAGUACAUUCGUAAAAAAUAUGAGGCUAACGACAAUUUCACUGGUUGGGGGAACAAAAUUAUGCUUGUGCAAAACAUGAUGAGGAGUUAGACAGCAAUUUUUGUGGUCAAUAUUGCCCAACACGAUGUUGGUUUGGGUCAAUUGCAAUAGGAAUUGACUUUGAAUAGUUGUUGUUUGUAAAUAAAUGAUAUAAGAAUGAAGUUAUACCAACAUGUGAUGUUGGUAAUUACAAAACAGGGUGACCUCAAAACACUGCUCUGCAAUAUAUUCAUUUUUGGCCCAUCCAGAGAAGAUAUGUCUCUACAGUCAAUGAGGGGAUGAUGGUUAAGUUGCACAGAAGAAAAAAAAAGGAUCGAUAAGAUUUUAUCCAGUAAGAUAUGAUUAUCAAUUGUGUAUGAAGGCCUGUAUGCACUUGGGGUGGGCUGAGAUUUUCCGCAGCUUGUUCCUGGAUUUCCUCAGCUUUGCCAACGGUUGAUCUGUACCACUGUCCAUUUAGUAUGCACAAUGCCAAGAGGAAAUAACAUAUUUUCUCUUGACAAUGCCUGUAGAAAUCAUGCAGCCAAAAACAACCAGGUAUCAAAUUUGGUGGUGUUAUGUCCAUUGGUUAUGGUAGCGCUCCUGAAGAUUGUCAUACAUUCAUCAAACUGAAGGCUAGCUACAUUACAUUAAAUAUUCAGAGCCAAUAUUGUGGAAAGUGUGUAGCUUUGUCUGUUAACAGAGAAAUUUAAGCAUCGAUUAUUUUGGGUAAGGAGAGCCUACAAUUUUUGGGUCAAUUUAUUGUUACUAUAUAAAAAUCUGGUCUUCUGUUUAUUUUGGUGCCCAGAACAUGAAGUGUAAAAAUUGUGUACAGAGGUCAUGGUGAAUAAAAUUUAUCACUGAAGA